AUGUACGUGGCUCACAUGAGGGCAGGGCUGUCAACCGUGAUCUGCUUCCUCUGCCUCACUACCGCCUGCCGAGCACGGGCAGCGACGAUGGCGGCCAGCCAAAGUCUCGUCGGGGGCAACGCCGCCGAGGGGAGCGAGCCCAUUGCGAAGACUGGGCUCGCUGGAGCCCUCGCGGAGCUCCUGGCCAAGCGCAGCUACACCGGCGAGAAGGCGGCGGCGCGGGUGGCCGAGUCGGCCUUGAAGCGCCCAUACUACGAUCCUUCGCUGCAGGGGAGGCCGCGCCGGCAUGCGCGACUCCUUGCGGCCCUCGACGGCGCAGGCAUGCUCGAGUGGAGGCGGCAUGGAUCGCCCCGGGUAGGCCUGUUUACUGUUUGGAAAAAGAACGGCAAGCAAAGAUUGAUUGUCGACGCGCGUUUAUCCAACUUGUGUUUCGCCUCUCCUGAUCCGGUCGACCUGGCCACUGGCGGAUCGUUCGCGCCCCUCGAGGUUGACCCGGGGCCCCCAGUGUGCCUCGCCCAGGUCGACAUCCAGGAUGCUUUUUUACCACCUCCUCCUCCCUCCUGA